GGAACUUUCGACGUCUCUCUGCUGACGAUCGAGGAAGGGAUAUUCGAAGUGAAGGCCACCGUCAACGACACGCAUCUGGGAGGUGAGGAUUUCGACAACCGGCUGGUGAGUCACUUAGUGGCGGAGUUCAAGCGGAAGAACAAGAAGUAUAUCAGUACCAACACCAGAGCUCUGAGGCGGCUGAGAACUGCCUGCGAGAGGGCGAAGAGGACUUUGUCUUCCACUUUCCAAACCACAAUCGAAAUCGAUUCCCUCUACGAAGGGAUCGAUUUCUACUCCACCAUUACCAGAGCUCGGUUUGAAGAAUUGAACAUGGAUUUGUUUAGGAGGUGUAUGGAGCCGGUGGAGAAGUGCCUCUGCAAUGCUAGGAUUGACAAGGGGCAGAUAGACGACAUCGUUCUGGUCGGCGGUUCGACGAGGAUUCCCAAAGUCCAACAGCUGCUUUAG